AUGACUUCCAUUAAUUUAUCCACCGGUGAUUUACGGACAAUUUUCACCACUCAAGAUCGUUAUAAUAACCCACAAGAUGGUGUCUAUCAAAUUUAUAACAUUCGUAAACCUGAUUCAAAUACUAAUAGAAAGAAUUUAAUUAUGAUCUCCGAUGGUAUUUAUAAUAUGAAAGCUUUAUUAAGGCAUGAGGCAACUAACAAAUUUGGAACUUUCAAUUUACAAAAAGGUGAUAUCAUUAAAGUAUUAAUUGCCGAACCAGCUAUUUUGAGAGAUGGUAAAAAGUAUGUUUUACUAAUUGAUGAUUUUGAGCUAUUAGAAUCUGGUAGAUCUUUAGUGAAUCAAAACUGUGAAUUCUUAGAUGUUUAUCUAACUCAUCAUCCAGAGGAAAUGGCACAAAUUGUCACAGGUGAUACAGUAACAAAUGAUGCUGUUCCUAAAGUAGAAGCUACUAAUUCAAAUGCUUCUUCAAUAAGUGCUAAUUCAAAUACAACUUCUGUUGCUCAAGCAACCAAAUCAACUAAUUCAUCUUUUUCACACAAUAAUAAUUCGUCAUCACAAAAAUCCAGGCCGAUUUUUGCUAUUGAACAACUAUCCCCAUAUCAGAAUGUUUGGACCAUUAAAGCAAGAGUGUCUUUUAAAGGGGAUGUCAAAACUUGGCAUAAUCAAAGAGGUGAAGGUAAGCUACUAAAUUUUAAUUUAUUAGAUACAUCUGGUGAAAUUAGAGCAACUUGUUUUAACCAAUUGGUCGAUAAAUAUAAUGAAACUAUACAAGAAGGAAAAGUAUAUUUUAUAUCAAAGGCCAGAUUACAACCAUCAAAACCAAAAUUUUCAAAUCUAUCGCACCCUUACGAACUAAGUAUUGAAAAUGAUACAAUUAUUGAAGAAUGUAAUGAUGUUUCUACAAAUGAUGUACCUAAGACCAACUUUAACUUCACAAAACUAGAUUCAAUUCAAAAUUUAGAAACAAAUUCUACGAUUGAUGUGCUUGGCGCUAUUAAAACUGUUAAUCCACACUUUGAAUUAACUUCUAGAGCAGGUAAAAAAUUUGACCGUCGUGAUAUUGAAAUAGUAGAUGAAACAGGGUUCAUUAUUAAGGUUGGUUUAUGGAACCAACAAGCUAUUGAUUUCAAUGUACCAGAAGGGUCAAUUGUAGCUAUUAAAGGUGUUAGAGUUACUGAUUUUGGUGGAAAGUCUUUAUCUAUGGGAUUUUCAAGUACUUUGACAGCUAAUCCUGAUAUCUCUGAAGCUUAUUCUUUAAAAGGUUGGUAUGAUGCAAAUCGUAAUAAUACUACCUUUACUUCUUAUAACUCCGAAUCAGGUGGUCCAGUAUCUGGUGAAGGAUUGAAAAAAAUUAUUUCUCAGCGUAUCACAAUUGCAAAGGCUAAAAACGAUAAUCUAGGUAGAUCUGAAAAGGGUGAUUUUUUCUCAGUGAAGGCUGCUGUUAGUUUCUUAAAAGUUGAUAAUUUCGCUUAUCCAGCUUGUUCAACUGAAGGCUGUAAUAAAAAAGUUAUCGAACAAACAGAUGGUACCUGGAGGUGUGAGAAAUGUGACGUCAGUUUCCCUUCGCCAAAAUGGAGAUAUAUGCUAACGAUUUCUAUAAUGGAUGAAACUGAUCAAAUUUGGUUAACUCUAUUUAAUGAACAAGCUCAACAACUAAUUGGACUAGAUGCUUCAAGUUUAAUGGAAACAAAAGAAAAUAACCCAGAAGAAUUCAAUAAAAUUACUCAACAGAUACAAAUGAAAACACUCGACUUUAGAAUCAGAGCUCGUGAAGAUAAUUACAAUGAUCAAACAAGAAUUAGAUAUACUGUAUCAAAUAUACAUGAAUUGAAAUAUAAAUCGGAAGCUGAUUAUUUAGCAGAAGAAUUAUCUAAGUCGUUAGUUUUCUAA